AUGGGGAGCAUUAGCAACGGCACGGCCAACUGCGCCACCGUGCCGCAGCCACCGCCGUCGACUGGGAAGCUCAUCACGAUUCUGAGCAUCGAUGGCGGCGGCAUCCGCGGCCUCAUCCCGGCGACCAUCAUCGCAUACCUCGAGGCGAAGCUCCAGGAGCUGGACGGCCCAGAUGCUUGGAUCGCCGACUACUUCGACGUGAUCGCCGGGACGAGCACCGGCGCCCUGCUCACGUCCAUGCUGGCGGCGCCGGACGAGAACAACCGGCCGCUGUUCGCCGCCAAGGACCUCACCACGUUCUACCUCGAGAACGGACCCAAGAUCUUCGACGUGAUCGCCGGGACGAGCACCGGCGACCUGCUCACGUCCAUGCUGGCGGCGCCGGACGAGAACAACCGGCCGCUGUUCGCCGCCAAGGACCUCACCACGUUCUACCUCGAGAACGGACCCAAGAUCUUCCCAAGUUCCCACAGAAAAAGUAUAGAAACGCCGGCUGGGAUCCUGACGCCGGUGAGGAACCUGCUGGGCCUGGUGAGGGGUCCCAAGUACGACGGCGUGUUCCUGCACGACAAGAUCAAGAGCCUCACGCACGACGUCAAGGUGGCGGACACGGUCACCAACAUCAUCGUGCCGGCGUUCGACGUGAAGUACCCGCAGCCCAUGAUCUUCUCCACGUACGAGGACAAGAACGACACGCUCAAGAACGCGCACCUCUCCGACAUCUGCAUCAGCACGUCGGCGGCGCCGACCUACUUCCCGGCGCACUUCUUCAAGACCGAGGCCGCCGACGGCAGGUCCCGGGAGUACCACCUCGUCGACGGCGGCGUCGCGGCCAACAACCCCACCAUGGUCGCCAUGUCCAUGCUCACCAAGGAGGUGCACCGUCGGAACCUGGACUUCAACGUUGGUAGGCCGACCAAGUACACGAACUACCUCGUUAUCUCCGUCGGCACUGGGUCGGCGAAGCAGGCGGAGAAGUACACCGCUGAGCAGUGCGCGAAAUGGGGGCAUGGGGCCUCAUUCAGUGGCUGUACAACGGCCCUCCACUGUGAGAAGAACUACCUUCGCAUUCAGGAUGAUACUUUGACUGGGAACGCAUCGUCAGUGGACAUCGCGACCAAGGAGAACAUGGAGUCUCUGAUCGGGAUCGGCCAGGAGCUGCUCAAGAAGCCAGUGGUGAGAGUGAACAUCGACACUGGGGUGUAUGAGUCCUGUUCCGGUGAGGGCACAAAUGCAGAGGCGCUUGCUCACUUCGCCAAACAACUCUCUGACGAGCGCAAGCUACGCAAGAGCAAUCUCAACUCCUAUUAG